CCAAGAAUUGGAAACCAAAGAAGACUUUGAAUGAUACUUGAACAGAAAAGACAUGGCACUCUUCACACAGACUUUUAAAAUGCCAAGUGUUGACUUCUAAGUUUUUGAAUUAAUAGUCUGCAUGAAAGAUCCGGGGAUCAGAAGGACUAUACAUGGUGAAUGGCCCACCACACUUUACAGAAAGCACAGUAUUUCCAAGGGAAUCUCGGAAAAACUGCAAAGUUUAUACCUAUAGUAAGGAUGGGACCUUAUUUGCCUGGGCCAAUGGAGAAAAAGUAAAUAUUAUCAGUGUCACUAACAAGAGACUACUGCACUCCUUCGACCUCCCAAAGACAGUUUGCCUUGAAUUCUCGCCCCAAAACACUAUCCUGGCAACAUGGCAGCCUUACACUACUUCUAAAGAUGGCACAGCGGGGAUACCCAACCUACAACUUUAUGAUGUGAAAACUGGAACAUGUUUGAAAUCUUUUAUACAGAAAAAAGCACAAAAUUGGUAUCCAUUCUGGUCAGAAGAUGAAAUCAUUUGUGCCCGAAAUGUUAACAACGAAGUUCACUUCUUUGAAAACAACAAUUUUAAUACAAUUGCAAAUAAGUUGCAUUUGCAAAAAAUUAAUGAUUUUGUUUUAUCACCUGGACCCCAACCAUACAAGGUAGCUGUCUAUGUUCCAGGAAGUAAAGGUGCACCUUCAUUUGUUAGAUUAUACCAGUACCCCAACUUUGCUGGACCUCAUGUAGCUUUAGCCAACAAGAGUUUCUUUAAAGCAGAUAAGGUUACAAUGUUGUGGAAUAAAAAAGCCACUGCUGUGUUGGUAAUAGCUAGUACAGAAGUUGACAAGACAGGAGCUUCCUACUAUGGAGAACAAACGCUGCACUACAUUGCGACAAAUGGAGAAAGUGCUGUGGUGCAAUUACCAAAAAAUGGCCCCAUUUAUGAUGUAGUUUGGAAUUCUAGUUCAACUGAAUUUUGUGUUGUAUAUGGUUUUAUGCCCGCCAAAGCAACAAUUUUCAAUUUGAAAUGUGAUCCGGUGUUUGACUUUGGAACUGGUCCUCGAAAUGCAGCCUACUACAGCCCUCAUGGACAUAUAUUAGUACUAGCUGGAUUUGGAAAUCUGAGGGGACAAAUGGAAGUAUGGGAUGUUAAAAACUACAAACUUAUUUCUAAACCAGUAGCUUCUGAUUCUACGUAUUUUGCUUGGUGUCCAGAUGGUGAGCAUAUCUUAACAGCCACAUGUGCUCCCAGGUUACGUGUUAAUAAUGGGUACAAGAUUUGGCAUUAUACUGGCUCUAUCUUGCACAAGUAUGAUGUCCCAUCAAAUGGAGAAUUGUGGCAGGUUUCUUGGCAGCCAUUCUUGGAUGGAAUAUUUCCAGCAAAAACAGUAACUUACCAAGCAGUUCCAAGUGAAGUACCCAGUGAGGAGCCUAAGGUUGCAACAGCUUAUAGACCUCCAGCUUUAAGAAAUAAACCAAUCACCAAUUCCAAAUUGCAUGAAGAAGAACCACCCCAGAAUAUGAAACCACAACCAGGACAUGAUAAACCAUUAUCAAAAACAGCCCUUAAAAAUCAAAGAAAGCAUGAAGCUAAAAAAGCUGCAAAGGAAGCAAGAAGUGACAAAAGUCCAGAUGUGACACCCACUCCUGCCCCACAGAGUGUACCACAAAACACUAUCUCUCAGUCAACUUUUGGUGACCCUGAAAUAGACAAAAAAAUUAAGAAUUUGAAGAAGAAACUGAAAGCAAUUGAACAACUUAAAGAACAAGCAGCAGCUGGAAAACAGCUAGAAAAAAAUCAGUUGGAGAAAAUUCAAAAAGAGACAGCCAUUCUUCAGGAACUGGAAGAGUUGGAAUUGGGUAUUUAAAGAUUGACUGAAAGCAAAUUGAUUACUAAAAAUCAGUGCAAACACAUCUCUGUUAAACCUAUUGGCGUAUCUGAAAUGUCCAUGUGCCUACAUUUAAUAUUGGUCUGCAGUUUUAACCAUUUAUCCAAGAUUCUGCAUAUGUAUGAAAUUACUUAAUAAUUGUCUAUUAAUUGACAUUUACAUCCUGUAUCAUGUCAGUACAUGAUAAAGAAAAGAAAUAUCUGAAUUUUUCAGUUAAGCUGGACAGAUUAAGAGACAUUGAUUUUUAAUUGGGGACAGUAUUUACUGUAUAAUGAAUAAAAAUAUUUUAAAUUCAA